AUGGCGGCGUUUCAUGACCCUCCUGGUUUUCCAGCUGGCCAUGAGCCAGAGCUGGGACGGCCCGAUGAUUGUGCCUCUCACGAUGCUUGGACAUCUCAUCAGGUGCGAGCUCUGCAGGCAGGAGACCUUCCGCAGAUUCCGCUGGCCAGCCGACUGGAAAAGCAUUGGGCUAACUUUGCACCCAAGCCAAGGCCUGCAAACAUGAAGUGCAAAGGAGCCAGCCAGCAACAUGGAUCGGAAGAGACAUCGCAGCUGCGAGGUUCUGAGGACUGGGUCCAUCGGCUUCUUGCAUCUUUUGCAGAAAGUCAGAUCUGCCCACCUCCAUGGAACCGGGCCCGCACUGACAGCGCUGCAGACGGCAUUGUUUCCAGCGAAGAGGCAGGUGGAGACCCACUGCAGGCUGGGACCACUUGCGAGCAGACUGAGCAGCGCAGCAGCCGCCCGCUCGAUGCAGAGGUCAAUGUGCAGGACAGGCGACCCGGAAAGUUCCAUGAUGCAGCACGGAACGCCGCAUGGUCUCCUAGGUGUCAUUUUGGCAAUGCCAAGGCACUCAACAGCCUUGACGAGUUGAAGACUCAUGCUGAUGGUGAUGGUUCUUUGUCGUUCGAGAAGAUGCAGGCCAUUGCAAUGGAGCAGGCUGACUGUGACAAGUCGGAUGCCGACGAUGAAGUGGUUGCUUUGUCGGAUGCGCUGCAGGAAUCGAAGGCCGAGGACAUGAUCAAGAGCUACGAUGAUGGCGAUGGUGUCCUCUCAAGGGACGAGUUAAAGAAAUUGCAGGCACAAAAUUCCAAAUUGGCAGAGGUCGACUUUGAAAAGCUGGACACGGACGGAGACGGUGUUGUCUCCAAAGACGAGCUGGCCGCUGCGCUGGACUGGGACACAAUGCAGGAGCCGAAGGAAGAGGACGCUUUCCAAACGACCGUCGCCUUGCAGAGUGCAGUGGUUCUCAGCCAGCAGUCUCGUGAGUUGUUUGAGAGCAGACGGACGGCAAGUCAGCGAAAGGAAAAGCGCAAGGCAAAGAGGAAAGAAGCAUCGCUUGCAGAGCAGACCCGACAACCGACUGCAACUGCCUUGGGCGAUGGAGAGGAUCGGAUGGGAGCUUCAUCUGAAGACCAACACUCGCAGAAGGAGGCAGAUCGCAACAUCGCGGCAGACGACGCACACGGAGAAGUUCACACAACUGCAGAUGCACAGCUUGAAGCAAGCUUUAAGGCAAGGAGCAGCAGCGUCCAAGAAGCGGCACCAAGUCCAGAAGCUGUGCUUGGGGACCCGCUGAAGCCUGGCAUUGUCAAGGAAGCCCGAGAAUCUCACGGCGAUGUGCCGGUGCAAAAUGAUCAGAAUGGAGGCACAGAUCCUGCGGAGACGCCUCAGGCGGCUAAUGGUUGCGAGCCGAACAGGACGUCAAAGGGCAAACGCCGGUCCCAAGGAGCAAAGGACCCGGAAGACUUGAACAGUCCUAAUCUUCCCUUCGAGACCUUCUGA